AUGGCAGCUCAGGCGCCGCAAAAGCCACAGGUUCAACCAUGCAGGUACAAGACAGGCAAGACCUUGGGCGCAGGAUCAUAUUCGGUUGUCAAGGAGUGUGUGCAUAUCGACACCGGUCGCUACUAUGCUGCCAAAGUCAUUAACAAGCGCCUCAUGGCCGGUCGAGAGCACAUGGUCCGAAAUGAGAUCGCAGUCCUCAAGAGAGUAUCAGUCGGGCACAGAAAUAUCCUAACCCUGGUGGACUAUUUCGAAACCAUGAACAACCUAUACCUUGUGACCGACCUCGCUCUCGGCGGUGAGCUCUUCGACCGAAUAUGCCGCAAAGGCUCCUAUUUCGAAUCCGACGCCGCCGACCUGAUGCGCGCAACUCUCUCCGCCGUAGCAUACCUCCACGACCACGGCAUCGUCCACCGCGACCUCAAGCCCGAGAACCUCCUCUUUCGCACUCCCGAAGACAACGCCGACCUUUUGAUAGCAGACUUUGGCCUCUCGAGAAUCAUGGACGAGGAGCAGUUCCACGUUUUGACCACCACGUGCGGCACACCAGGCUACAUGGCACCGGAGAUAUUCAAGAAGACUGGGCAUGGAAAACCUGUCGACAUCUGGGCCAUCGGCGUAAUAACCUACUUCCUCCUCUGCGGCUACACCCCCUUCGACCGCGACAGCAACCUCGAAGAAAUGCAAGCAAUCCUCGCUGCAGACUACUCCUUCACCCCGCUCGAAUACUGGCGCAACGUCUCCGACAGCGCCCGCGACUUCAUCCGGCGCUGCCUCACCGUCGACCCCAACCACCGCAUGACUUCCCACCAAGCCCUCCAACACGCGUGGAUCAAACCUUUAGACCCGACGAGUCCGGAUACACCCGUUGGCGGUGGGGUCGGGGAAGGAAAGGACCUGUUGCCCAUUGUGAAGAAGAAUUUCAAUGCGCGGAGGACGCUGCAUAAGGCGAUUGAUACGGUGAGGGCGAUUAACAAGUUGCGGGAGGGGGGUGGGUUGAUGCAUCAGGCGGUGGGCGGAGGGGAGCCGAUGCAGAUUGAUCCGAAGCCGAGGGAUGAGGCGGUGGAUGGGAGUAAGGUUAUGGAUGGGCAGGGGCAGACGCAGUCGGAGGCGGCGAAGGGUGGGUCGGGUCCUCCCACGCAAGAGGGUGGGGAUGCCAUGGAGAUCGACUCGAGAGGGCACGGGAGGGGCCAGACGGCGGAGCAGAUUGCGGCGCAGGAACGGAGGAUUCGGGAUACGGCGAGCGCGCUGUGGAAUAAAGCGCGAUGA